AUUUGGUAUCGAAAUUUCUUGUCUCUUGCAGUCUCGGCCCUUCCUUAUCCCUAUCUAUCUCUCCCACCGUUCUAAAACCCUCUCCCUUCCUCUUCUCCCUAUCUCUCCAAUGGCUUCUUCAAUACUGACCUCAACCUUAAAGCCUCUUGCCAUGGCGGAUUCUUCCUCCUCCACCCUUCUCUCCCAUCCUUCACUCUCCACUAUCCACUCCUCCAAAACUCGCUGCUUCUCCAACUUUUCUCUCCUCACCGGACGCACUAACCUCCCUUUCUCCUUCUCCAGCCUCUCCCUCUCUCUCAACUCCAAAACCCACCUCAAAAAAUCCACCUUUAUCUCCUCCGUCGCCCAGACUUCUGAUUGGGCUCAGCAAGACGGGGAGGAAAGCGGAGACGUGAGCGCUUCGGUCGCCGUUGAGGAGAGCGAGCCUGAAGCCACGUUCUCGGAAGAGGAAGGAGAUGCGAGCGAAGGUGGAGGAGGCGAUUUCCCGGAGCCACCGGAGGAAGCUAAGCUCUUCGUCGGAAACUUGGCUUAUGAUGUUGACAGCCAGGCCUUGGCUAUGCUCUUUGAGCAAGCUGGUACUGUUGAAAUCGCUGAGGUUAUCUACAAUAGGGAAACCGAUCAGAGUCGUGGAUUUGGAUUUGUGACUAUGAGUACGGUCGAAGAAGCUGAGACUGCUGUUGAGAAGUUUAACCGUUAUGAUCUGAAUGGACGGGCUUUGACAGUAAACAAGGCAGCUCCAAGAGGCUCACGCCCAGAACGUCAGCCUCGGGUGUACGAGCCUGCAUUCAGAGUCUACGUGGGAAACCUACCGUGGGAUGUCGACAACGGUCGUCUAGAGCAAGUUUUCAGUGAGCAUGGCAAAGUUGUGGAAGCUCGUGUGGUUUACGACCGCGAGACAGGCCGUUCACGUGGAUUCGGGUUUGUCACAAUGUCGAACGAGACUGAACUCAACGACGCUAUCGCUGCUCUUGAUGGACAGAACAUGGAGGGUAGAGCUAUCAGAGUGAAUGUAGCGGAGGAGCGCCCAAGGCGAUUUUAAGACUCAGAUCUCUUUGUACCCUUACUUACUCUCUUUAUAUCUUUUGCGUUUUGUUUAGACGAGAUUCUUACACUCUUUGGAGAUUUUUUUGUUUGUUUGAAUUCUGAAUGCGAAGCUUCUUUUAAAGUAAUUUAUAUAUUUGAUCGAUGGUUAAGCAA